GACAAAAGCACGCAGUAUUUAGGAGCUAAGCUCAGUCACGCCGCGUAAUCGUAUCGUUCAACACCGCCUCUCAACCCAAGACGCUUGCUGGUUGUGGCGUACUGAUCAAUUACAUCCUUCCGCUAAUAAGAGUUUGUUGUUGUAGGUGGCCAUGACGUCGAAAACAAUGCCAGUACUGCUUUUGCUUAUGGUGCUGGCAUCUCCAGCGCUGGGUCAGCUACUAGGAAUUGGGUCCUGCCCCAGCGUCACUGCGAUGGCCAACAUCGACACGACUUCUCUGCUGGGCACGUGGUACGAGUACAAGCGCUACUCGAAUUCCUUCGAGCUGGGCAGCAAAUGCGUCACCGCAAACUUAGAAACCGCCGCAGACAACAGCACCAUCGACAUCACCGUCUCCCUGACCAACUUCUUGACUCGGAAAGAGACCAUCGUCGAAGGCACAGCGUUACAGACCAGCAGCGAUGGUAGUGGGGUUUUCACCCUCAACUUCCCUGAUAUAAAUGCUUCUGGUGCAGUGACGAUUCUCGGAUCGGAUUACGACAACUACGCCGUAGCGUGGUCGUGCAAGAAGAUUCUCGGAAUUUUCCACUAUAAAUAUUCAUGGCUUUUGUCCCGGGAGAAGUCACCAAGCAAAGACGUGGUAAAUAAAAUGAAAGCCGAUCUGAAAAACAACAACCUGUCAACGCUGUUUUACAUAAAGACGUUGCAGUCUUGUAACUAACUUGUAUUCGAGUAAUUGCUAGUACUAUCUCUAGAUUCACAUGUGGACGUUCUCGGGUGUUUAAUUGGGUACCUGAGAUAUUGCAUGACAGUUGAAUAUUUCUGAGUUCGCCUAUUUGUAAGAAGUUUAAUUUCUAACUGAGUAAUAAAUA